UAAAAGAGUAAAGCAACAGCCUAUCUUCAGUCAUGUUCUCCUUCAAAACUGGUGUUACAUUGGCCGUCCUGGCCAUGCUUGUGGUAGCUGUUCAUUGUGGAAUUGGAGAAGGAACAAAUUCCUACAACUAUGACUUGCACAAGAUGUCCGACCUUACGAAGCUGUACAAUUCCAAGGUUUAUGUGGCUGACAGAAUGAGACGACCUUUAAAAGGCACAACCUUCCAAAUUGGACUAAUCAGCCAUUCUGGAGUCAGGGUAACUCUGAAGGAUGGCACCAAGUGGCUGGUGCACAAGGGGGAUGCGUUUGGCAUCAGCAGCCAGACUGUUGUGGUCGAUGCUCGCCACAUGAGCAACACCUGGAAGAUUAUUGAGACCAAAAAUUUCCAAGGCUCCAAGACUGUGUCGGAUUUUGUGAAAGCAGGAGGCACUGAUUACAGCCUUAUUUUUGACAACUGUCAUGAUGCAUCUGGGCGAAUGUUCGACCAGUAAAAUUUGCUUUGGUUUCAGAUUUCAAAGUUUUGGAAUAAAUCUAUUCAUGAUACAAUUACUGACAGUAAGUGUAAUUUCCUGUAAUAUUGGAUUUCACCUUGAGAAGUGUAAUUUUGCUAUUAAAACUGAAAAAAAAAACA